AUGAGAUUCUUUCACCUUCUUUGGCUUUUUAUCCUGUGGCUGAACAUGGAUAAAUCUUUACAACAGAAUGAGGUUACAUGCCCCAAUCAAAAACACCAAGAUGUGUAUGACUGGAAUGUCGAUUGGUGGCAGAGAAUAACAUUGGAUGACACUGCAAGCUAUAGGUGUAGGUCAGGGUACAAGAAAACAGAUGGCGCUGAUAAGCUCACAUGCACCAGAGAUGGGUGGAGUCCAGAUCCACCUUGUCAAGAGCUUUUGGGUUGUGGGACACCACCAUUCCUUGCCAAUGGAGACAUCAAGUAUACCAUAAAAAGUCAGUACAGCCAUAAUGAAAGGGUUGAAUACAUGUGUCAGAGUCACUACACCAUGGAGGGUGAGCCUCACAAAACCUGCAUCAAUGGUGAAUGGACCGGACAGAUGAGAUGCCUCAAACCCUGUAUUUUGAAUGAAGACGACACUAGACAACAUAACAUUACUCUCAAAUCUAGUGACAAUAAAUAUUUUCAUCAUGAUGAAAUAAUUGAGUUCAGGUGUGCCAGAGGAGUACCUGUCGGUGAGGUGGCAUUAAGUCAGAGGUGUAAUGGUGGUGUGGUUCUGCUGCCUACUUGCCAGUAA